AUGUUCACCGGCUUCUGCUGUAUACGCGCUGGAAUAAACCAUAAUUUGGCCGUAUUAAUUCGAUAUGUGCCGGAGUUGUAUGCAGUUAGGCAGUUGCAUCAAACGAUCGCACCGUAUUGUAAUAAUCGCAUCCAGUCGGACGUUGCCAAAGAUAUUGUCCCUCCCAGCUGUGUAAAAUUUUUCGGACAAUGGCCAGAAGCAGAUCGUGAAACGUUCAGCAAAGAUAUGCGCGUGCUUGAUAAUUUUGUCGAUGAAAAGGAGGAAAACUCACUACUGGAAGAAAUAGAACCGUACCUGAAGCGACUGCGAUACGAAUUCGAUCACUGGGAUGAUGCGAUUCACGGCUACCGCGAGACAGAAAAGAAACACUGGUAUCCGGCCAAUCGGGCUAUUCUAGAUCGUAUCGUAUCCGUUGCCUUUGACGGAACCGCAAUGCCUUACGUUCAUGUGCUAGAUUUAGCAGAGGAGGGUAUCAUAAAACCGCACGUCGAUAGUGUACGGUAUUGUGGCAACACCAUAGCAGGAAUUAGUUUGCUCUCGGACUCCGUGAUGCGACUGGUGCGAACGAACGACGAAGAACAAACGAAUGAGGAGUAUCGGCAAAUAUUUUCCCAGGAGCGUCACAAAAAGUAUUGGGCUGAUAUAUUACUACCGCGUCGAUCGCUUUAUGUGAUGAAACACAUGGCACGGUACAAAUUUACGCAUGAAAUUCUGUCCGCCAAGGAGUCUCUGUUUCGGGAUAAGAUGGUCAAGAAAACGAGACGCAUAUCAAUAAUCUGCCGAAAUGAUCCAUAA